UUAUUUUCAAUACAUCUGAAAGAAAGAUCAUAUUAUCCACUGAAAACCAUGACUAUGAUGCCUCGCAUGCUGGAAAAAUAUAUGAUGUUGUUGGUUUGAGCAGGGGAAAGAGAAAUUUGUCUAUCACACUUUUUUAUUCUUAAAGGAGUUGUAUAGUCCUGAAACCUGGAGGACAGGAAGGAUUGCUCAUACUAAAUUUGAAAUGCAUCACUAUAAUAAUCUUGAUAAUACUCCUCCCUGUCCUAUUUUGGAGAUAACAAAUAACCCCAAGGUAACUAUCCACCUACAGAAAUGGACACAGUAGGGUAAAGGCGUUCAUUAAAAAAAAAAAAAUCACCCAAUUAUGAAUAAUUCAGGAUGAGCUGGCAAACACCAUUUUGCUAUGAGUAGCAAAGUUCAUCAAGAAACACCCUGAUAAUGCGUAUAUAAAGACAAGCUCAACUGUUUGAGCAGAACAUUUGCCAUCGAAGCUUCACCCCAGGAACAAGCUCUCCAGCCUGGACAUCAUGUCUGUGCGCUUUUCUUCUGCAUCCAGACGGCUUGGCUCUAGCGGGGGAGUGGGCUUUGGGGCUGGAAAUGCAUGUGGUGUGUCAGGCAUUGGAAGUGGCUUCUCUUGCGCUUUUGGGGGCAGCUCACCUGCAGGAGGCUAUGGCGGAGGGCUCGGAGCGGGGACGGCCUCUUGUACUGCCUUCAUGGGGAACGAACACGGCCUCCUGUCGGGCAACGAGAAGGUGACCAUGCAGAACCUCAACGACCGGCUGGCCUCCUACCUGGAGAAUGUGCGUGCCCUGGAGGAGGCCAACGCCGACCUGGAGCAGAAGAUCAAGGGCUGGUAUGAGAAAUUUGGGCCUGGUUCCUGCCGUGGUCUUGAUCAUGAUUACAGCAGAUACUUCCCAAUAAUUGAUGACCUCAGGAACCAGAUAAUUUCUGUAACUACCAGUAAUGCCAAUAUUAUCCUGCAAAACGAUAACGCAAGACUAACGGCUGAUGACUUCAGGCUAAAGUUUGAAAACGAACAGGCCCUUCACCAGAGCGUUGACGCGGACGUCAGCGGUUUGCGCAGGGUCCUGGAUGAGCUGACUCUGUGCAGAACGGACCUAGAGAUCCAGCUGGAAACUCUGAGCGAGGAGCUGGCUUACCUCAAGAAGAAUCACGAGGAGGAAAUGAAGGCCCUGCAGUGCGCGGCGGGCGGGAACGUGAACGUGGAGAUGAACGCGGCGCCCGGGGUGGACCUCACGGUCCUGCUGAACAACAUGCGGGCCGAGUACGAAGACCUGGCCGAGCAGAACCGCAGGGACGCGGAGGCCUGGUUCAACGAGAAGAGCGCUUCGCUGCAGCAGCAGAUUUCCGACGAUGCUGGUGCCACCACCUCAGCUCGGAAUGAACUUACGGAAAUGAAACGUACUCUUCAGACUCUGGAGAUUGAACUUCAGUCCCUCUUAGCAAUGAAACAGUCCCUGGAGUGCUCCCUGACCGAGACCGAAGGGAACUACUGCACGCAGCUCGCCCAGAUCCAGGCUCAGAUCGGGGCCCUGGAAGAACAGCUGCACCAGGUCCGAACCGAGACGGAGGGCCAGAAACUGGAGUACGAGCAGCUGCUCGACAUCAAGGUCCACCUAGAAAAGGAAAUUGAGACCUACUGCCGCCUGAUAGAUGGAGAGGAUGGCUCUUGUGUUAAAUCAAAAGGCUAUGAAGGACCAGGAAAUCAAAGAAAAGACUCAUCUAAAACCACCAUGGUUAAAACGAUUGUUGAAGAAAUAGAUCCUCGUGGCAAAGUUCUCUCAUCCAGAGUUCACACUGUGGAAGAGAAAUCCACCAAAGCCAACAACAUAAAGAGUGAACAGAGGGUGCCUUCCUGAACCCCCAAAGAAGAGCCCCUAAAUUAAAAUACCAACCUGAAGCUAGGUUCCUAAGUGAAAGCCCUCUUAUUUUUCUGCUUUUCUUCCAGUGACUUAAGAACCUAUUUUUAGAAUUGUAGCAUUUCUUUGGA